AUGUUCAAUAUUUGUCACAGACACAUAUCUGAAGACCAAAUUCCUAAAGAUAACGUUCAAAUAAUGAGGAAAUAUAUUUUUUCAAGGAAUCUUACCGUUCACCUUAAAGAAACGAUUUCACGAAGGAAAAAGAAAUAUUAUGAAUUUGGAUGGGAUCAAGAUGAUUUAUUAACGGAACUAGUCCCAUUAUCUUAUACCCCACGUAGAAAGUUUGAAGA